CACCGCCACCUAUACUCGCUACUCCUUUACUCGGCGCCGUGGUUGCCAGUUAACGGCUGCUUAAACUACUCUACUCCUCCGGCCUCCGCCUACUAGUAGCAGCAGCGGCCACCGCGGCCGAGCUGGUCGUGCUAAUGCCGCUGCGGCUGCGUGCGCUGGCACAGCGCGGCCUGCCCCUGUCGCGAUGACGCGCCGCUCCCAGGCCACGCCUGCCGCUUCGGCGGCGGUUCUUCUGGCCGCGCUGCUGCUGCUGCAUUGCCAGUGCCAACUUGCCGGCGCGGCGACGGACGCGGAGCGGCGGGCGCUGCUGGACUUCAAGGCGGCGGUGACGGCGGACCCGGGGAGCGUGCUGGAGUCGUGGACGCCCACGGGGGACCCCUGCGACUUCGUCGGGGUGACCUGCGACGCGGGCGCCGUGACGCGGCUGCGCAUCCACGGCGCGGGGCUGGCGGGCACGCUCACGCCCUCCCUGGCGCGCCUCCCCGCGCUCGAGUCCGUCUCGCUCUUCGGCAACGCACUCACGGGCGGCGUCCCCUCCAGCUUCCGCGCGCUCGCGCCCACGCUCCACAAGCUCAACCUCAGCCGGAACGCGCUCGACGGCGAGAUCCCGCCCUUCCUCGGCGCCUUCCCGUGGCUCCGCCUGCUCGACCUCUCCUACAACCGCUUCGCCGGCGGGAUCCCCGCCGCGCUCUUCGACACCUGCCUCCGCCUCCGCUACGUCUCGCUCGCGCACAACGACCUCACGGGCCCCGUCCCGCCCGGCAUUGCCAACUGCUCGCGCCUCGCCGGCUUCGACUUCUCCUACAACCGCCUCUCUGGCGAGUUCCCCGACCGGGUCUGCGCUCCGCCGGAGAUGAACUACAUCUCCGUCCGGAGCAACGCGCUCUCCGGGGACAUAGCCGGCAAGCUCACCUCCUGCGGCCGCAUUGACCUCUUGGACGUCGGCAGCAACAACUUCUCCGGAGCCGCGCCCUUUGCACUCCUCGGCUCGGUAAACAUCACCUACUUCAAUGUCUCCUCCAACGCCUUUGACGGCGAAAUCCCCAGCAUUGCAACAUGCGGCACUAAGUUCUCAUACUUGGACGCGUCCGGCAACCGGCUCACGGGGCCGGUGCCGGAGAGCGUGGUGAAUUGCCGCGGCCUGAGGGUUUUGGAUUUGGGGGCGAAUGCUCUUGCUGGAGCUGUACCGCCUGUGAUUGGGACACUGCGGUCGCUCUCCGUUCUCCGGCUCGCGGGCAAUCCUGGCAUUUCCGGUCCGAUUCCAGCUGAGUUCGGGGGAAUUGAGAUGCUUGUCACACUCGACCUCGCGGGCCUGGCUCUUACAGGAGAGAUUCCAGGAUCCCUCAGCCAGUGCCAAUUCUUGCUUGAACUGAACCUGUCUGGCAACAAACUGCAAGGAGCUAUCCCAGGCACACUCAACAACUUAACCUACCUCAAGAUGCUUGAUCUCCACAGGAACCAGCUUGAUGGGGGCAUUCCCGUCACACUUGGGCAGCUCACAAACCUUGAUCUCCUAGACCUCUCGGAGAAUCAACUGACUGGGCCAAUCCCUCCAGAGCUUGGGAACCUCUCUAACCUGACACAUUUCAACGUGUCCUUCAAUAACCUAUCUGGCAUGAUCCCUUCUGAGCCAGUCUUGCAGAAAUUUGAUUACACUGCAUACAUGGGUAACCAGUUACUAUGUGGCUCUCCAUUGCCCAAUAACUGUGGGACUGGGAUGAAGCACCGCAGACGAUUGGGUGUGCCUGUCAUAAUCGCCAUUGUUGCCGCAGCCCUCAUACUUAUUGGAAUAUGCAUUGUUUGUGCGUUAAACAUCAAGGCUUAUACACGUAAGAGUACAGAUGAGGACAGUAAGGAAGAGGAAGAGGUUCUUGUGUCUGAGAGCACCCCCCCAAUUGCAUCUCCAGGCUCAAAUGCCAUCAUCGGAAAAUUGGUGCUUUUCAGCAAGAGCUUGCCUUCAAGGUAUGAAGACUGGGAAACUGGAACUAAGGCGCUACUUGAUAAGGACUGUCUCAUUGGUGGUGGAUCAAUUGGUACGGUGUACAAGGCCACUUUUGAAAACGGCCUAUCCAUUGCUGUGAAGAAACUGGAGACACUAGGGAGGGUGAGAGGCCAGGAUGAGUUUGAGCAAGAGAUGAGCCAGCUUGGUAACCUCAGCCGCCCCAAUCUGGUUGCUUUUCAGGGUUACUACUGGUCAUCCUCGAUGCAGUUGCUUCUCUCGGAAUAUAUGACCAAUGGGAGCUUGUAUGACCACCUCCAUGGUAACCGUCCUCAUGCUUUCUCUGAGAGCAGCAGCAGAGGUACUGGAGGUGAACUGUUUUGGGAGCGGAGGUUCAACAUUGCACUUGGAGCGGCCCGUGCACUUGCUUACCUUCACCAUGAUUGCCGGCCACAGAUCCUGCAUCUCAACAUAAAGUCCUCCAACAUUAUGUUAGAUGGGAAAUACGAAGCUAAGCUAUCUGAUUAUGGAUUGGGGAAGCUGUUGCCAAUACUAGGAAGCAUUGAAUUGAGUAGAAUUCACACUGCAAUUGGGUACAUUGCACCGGAGCUGGCAUCUCCGACUAUGAGAUAUAGCGAGAAGAGUGAUGUAUUUAGCUUUGGGGUGGUUUUGCUUGAGAUCGUGACAGGGCGGAAACCUGUGGACAGCCCUGGGGUGGCUACAGCUGUGGUUCUCCGUGAUUAUGUAAGAGAGAUAUUGGAGGAUGGAACUGCAUCGGACUGCUUUGAUCGAAGCCUGAGGGGAUUUGUUGAAGCUGAAUUGGUUCAAGUACUCAAAUUGGGUCUGGUAUGCACUUCCAAUACACCGUCAAGCCGACCUAGCAUGGCAGAAGUGGUACAGUUCUUGGAGUCCGUUAGAAUUAGCUCUUGAUCUUCUGCUGUCAGAACAUAGUAGCAGAAUAGGAUGUUAACAGGAAAAGUGUUUUCUGAUUUUUCAACAGAUGAAGGUCACAUUCUUUUUUUUUAUUCUUUACUGUGGCGCAGCUUCAUUUGUAAAUUGUAUUUAGAUUUAUUGCUGAAUAAGUGAUUGUUUUGGUCAAAUUACCAAAUCCAUGUCUAUGAUUUUAUCCUUUUGGUUUUUGGUC